GACUAGCCCAAUUUAAUACCAAAACAAGCCCAUUUUCAACACUCCUAUUGGGCCAUUGAACAGCCCAUUACAAUGUAUUGCAUUUUCACAACUGUCUUGUCUUCGUUAAACCAAGAAUGUUUUGUUAAGAUUCUUUCCUCUCAUCGAAGCCUUCAAGGCCUCUUUAUCUUUAAUUUAUUAUUGUUUAUACUUCAUAGCUAUUUAUAAUUCGGUUAGAUUCAGUUUUACCGUUAUUGCCAUCUCAUGGAUUUCCAGAAGAAGAGGGUUCAGUUUCUAGCCUUUGUCGCUGCCAUCAUUGCUCUUAGCAUCACAGCUGAAAAAUGCAGGCAGCUAGUCGGCGAGAAGGCGUCAUCCCAGAGUGGAAAGUUUACAUUCCUAAAUUGCUUUGACAUGACUUCUGGAACAUUAGCAUGUAGUGUGAAGGAAAGUGUGAAGUUAUACUGCUACAAUAUUAGAGCUGCUCAUGUUGAAGGAGCAAGGCAUGAUGCAAUGAAGUCUGCCCUUGUUGAUGCUUUGAAGCAGGGAAUGUCACAGAGUGCUUCGGCAAAAUAUGCUAAGAAAGAAGGUGACAAGGCAGCAAAAUUGGCUUCUCGUAAAGCCAGGCGCAUUAUAGGUCCCAUCCUCUCUUCAGGGUGGGAUUUUUUUGAAGCUGUGUACUAUGGUGGUACUCUCACUGAAGGGUUCCUCAGGGGAAGUGGCACUUUGUUUGGUACUUAUGCUGGAGGCUUCCUUGGGGAUCAAAGGCUUGGGAGAUUUGGUUACCUUGUUGGAAGUCAUAUGGGUAGUUGGAUUGGAGGUAGAAUGGGGCUAAUGCUAUAUGAUGUGGCUAAUGGAGUCCAUUUCUUGUUGCAUUCUGUUCAAUCACUUGGAAGUGAAGUUCAAAAAACUUCAGCUGACUAUCAAGAAAAUUAAUCCUGAAGCAACUAGAAGUUCCUUUUUACGUGACACUUCUGUUUAUGUUCAGCUCUAGAGGUUUGAGUGUUCUUAAAUUUUGAACCUACUGUCUUUCAUAGCUACGAAACAUAUGAAGAUUCUCAACUGAUAAUAUAUAUGAAAGAGAUAAGUUUGCACUUUACAACAUUGUCAUUUUCUUACAUUUUGAUUGGUUGUAUAUGUAAUUUUACAAUAGUGUUUAUAAAUUGGAUUUUCUUCAACUUUUC